GAGCGGGUGUAGAAGGGCGGAGGGGGUAUUGGUCGUGGAGUGGGAGGGUACGAAUGCGUAGAUGCCACCUAGUCUCACGCUUGUAACAUUACUCGGCUUCGCCUCGCACAUUAAACCACAGAAGGAAGAGAUUGCUCGGCUUCGGCGACUGCGUCUUGUGCAUUUACCCAAUUUUCCUUAGAUUGUAGAACGCGACUGGUCUAUAUGCGAUACCAAGGUAAAAAAACCUCAAGUUCUAGCCCUUGUCGUUUCCGAGUAAACGCAAAAACGUAAAAAAGGGUGAUAUGUUUUAACAGUUGGGUAGAAGCGAGGGUAGGAUGGAGUGUUGGUAGUGGAGUCGGGGGGAGUGAAUACGAGACCAAAGUCAAAAACCGCAUCCUUCUAGCUCUUGAUGUAUCCGAUAAUAAACGCCAAAUUAUGAAUAAGUUUUUACCGGCCAUUAUUAUUGUAUAUUUUCGGAUUACGUCCGAUUUUCACUGGAAAGGUCCCUCGCCAUCCCUCUUCAUCAAUUGAGGUCGGAUGGUAUGCUGUCAGUUGGGGGGCGGUUUCGGGCGCAUUCGGACAAUAGUAGGUUUUUUUAGGUCGUCUUGCUUUCACGUCGCGAGGGAUAAAAGCGAAGAGACGGCGAAAAAAGCACCCACCUAACCCCCCCGCCCAAACAAAAGUUUUGCCGUGGUGCCCAUUUGGCACCCUCACUUGCUCUUAUGGAAGCACCACCGGGAGGCGUAUGACUACGCAUUCCUCGGGAGUGGCCAUGGGAAGGAGAGGGGGUGAAACCGAAUAUAUACAGGGUAGAGGACCCUAGGAAAAGUUGCGAUUAAAAAAUUCGGGGUACCUUGGAAGUCGAAAAAAAGUUAUUAACGGAAACGUCGGGAGCUGGCUAUAAUCUUCUUGUAUACCUACAUUGUGUCGAAGAUAAGGAUGUCUAUCAUGGGGAUCUCCGAAACCAUAGAAGAUAGGAGUCAAAUUAGAUAAAUAUCCCGAAAUUUGUGGGGCUAAUGUUUUGCUAAUCUGACCGCCUCCUAAUUAUUGUCCAAUGUAAUCGCCAAUUGGUCAACAACUAAGACAAUAUAAUAGUCAUUAAAAAUUUUUUUCUUGAAUGUGAUCCAAAUCUGAUAGCUAAUUAUUAUCAAAAAACAACCAAAUACAUAUUUUCCCCUUCGUAGCAAUGAAAAUAAAAAUAACAAACCGUUAAUCAGAAGAACUCCAAAUGUGUAAUGUGCGAUUUACGUAAAGCAUAAGUACAUACUCUAAUUAGAAAUUAUUCUCCUUAUCUAAAUUGAGCUAAUUCUAAUUCUGAAGUUUAUAGCUUGUUGUUUCUGAGAUGUUUCAGCUAAUGUACUUACGAGUAUUUCCCAUUUCGACCUUUUACGAAUAAAAUUGGUAAAUAAAUAACGAUUUUGACGCCGUUUGUUCAAAAUGCAUAUGGUUACAACAGAGUUGCUAUGAUGUGCAGGUAAGUAGGAAUUCCCCUACUUACCUGCUAACGUUAUCAGCAGUUGAAAAAUAUGUGCUUUGCUAAACGGAGGCGAACAAGGGCGAACCAAUUUGUUUUCAAAUUUGAUUAAAAUACGCUAAAAAUACCUAAACAUUCACGGUUAGUUAGUGGUUUAGGAUAGUAUCUUACCUAUACAUAUAUACCAAUUCAAUUCGGACAAAUAGGUACCUAUCAAGAAUUUCUUUUAUCAUUCGUUUUUGUAUGGUUCUUUCAAAUCAAAACCAAUACAUUAAUCAGUGGUCUUAUCAAAACUACUCGAAUAUCGGACUAUUUGUUUCUUUAUGUAUACUACUUGUACAUUUUGUUUUCAGUGACACUUCAAUUUAUUGUUUGCCUCGUUUUUUCCCUUCUAUCACGAUAACAACUAGUAACUACACAAGUGAAGGGUAAUGUCAUGGAUACCAUGCAUGAUAUUGCAUGUUGCCUUCUUAUUUUGAAACACUAUAAUAUUAAUUAAAAGCUACUUGGUGUCAAGUGUCCAAUUAAAUUUACCAAAUUAAUUUCCCCUGAAAUGGAUAUUUGUAUACAUAGAUAUAUAGGGUCUUGACACAUCUUUCACUCUCACUCAACAAAUACCCAACAUAAAAGGUCAUUAUAUCGGCUAUGAAUAAAAAAUUGCUAUUCAUAUAGUAGGCAGAUCUAAUCAAAUUAAGACAGUCAAAGCUCUCAUUCAUGUAUUAUUUUGCUUAAAUUUCAAUAAUUAAUUUAGUGUUUCUCAAUAAAUAAUUAAUGGAACGUUGAAAAUAGGUGUACAUUUUUUGAAUAAGUGAAUGCAAAUAUUAUUUAGCAUUAUAAAUAAAUAAAAGGAAGUUCUAAAAACACUCCAAGUAUUUAACUUCAGUGUAUUUUUUGAGAAAAAUGAAUUCUGCCCGUCUGUGUAUCCGGAGCCUUCAGAUUUCAGCACUCAGGCGUUGUGGAAAUUUUUUUAUUAAUUAGUGUUCAUUAAACUUUGUUGCUGAAACUGAGUUUCUCCAUUUCAAACCAAACUACCGAAGCAAGCAUCGUUACCGGGUCAAUGCCUAUUGGAUCUCUGAUAUCUGGAUUUAUGAUUGAUAAAAUAGGACGUAGAGUAACAAUGCACAUUCAGUGUGGUGUUGUAAUUUUGGGAUGGCUUUUAGCCGGCGUUGCCCAAAAUCAUGCGACAAUGUUGACUGGAAGGUUCGUCUCCGGCGUAGCUUCAGGAUUGGGAAUGGUGGCAGGUCAGGUCUAUAAUGCUGAAGUGUCGUCACCAAAGGCCAGAGGCAUUUUAAGCAGUGCCCCUUUUGUGAGUUACGCUGUUGGAAUUUUGCUUGUCUAUGCUCUGGGUGCAGUGUGCGAUUGGCGACUGGUAGCAGGAUUAAGCACUAUUCCUCCAUUUAUAGCAAUAGCUAUGCUUUUUUUCUAUCCUGAAAGUCACGUCUGGCUUAUAAGAAAAGGAAAAAUCGAAAAAGCGCGAGCGGCUUGUGUAUGGUUUCGAGCGAGUAAAACAGAAAAAGCCGGCAAAGAGGUUGAAGAUUUAAUUGCGAGAUUUUCAAACGAAAAGUUGGAAAACUACAGUUGGAGGUGUAUAUUCGAACCGUAUUGUUUGAAGCCCUUAAUUAUUUCGAUAAUUUUCAAUUUGCUUCAAACAUUAUCGGGGGUGUACGUCGUUGUCUUCUAUGCUGCUGAUAUUAUUGCUGAAAUGGGAACCCAACAAUUGGAAGUAAGCGAAAUGCUGAUCGCUGUGCUCACCGCACUGAUUAGAAUGAUCUUUUCGUUUGUUUCGUGUGUCUUAUUACACUAUAUGACCCGAAGAAGGCUGGGUCUACUAUCUGCAGUAACCACAUCGUUGUUUUCCUUCAUUUUAGGCAUUUGUGUGUACCUCGGAGUUUCCUCAUACUUUAUGCCAAUUUGCUUGUUCCUUUAUGUAGCAGCAAAUACCGUUGGACUACUUGUAUUGCCCGGUGUUAUGAUUGGUGAACUUUUUCCGGCAAGAAUUCGAGGAGUAGCUGGUGGUUUAAGUUAUACCCUGUUUAGCAUUUCUAUAUUUGGCGUAGCUAAAAUAUAUCCAUUCCUUAAGAGAACCUUACGGAUUUACGGUCUUUUUUCAUUAUUUGGGGUGUCGUCGCUGCUACUUUGCUUGUGGAUCUACUUGACGCUACCAGAAACGAAAAACAAAACUCUACAUGAGGUGGAAGAUUACUUCAUGGAGGAAAGUAUACUGUGGACAAACAGAAAACAAAGAGAUAGAAGAAGAUGCGACAAUGCGGACGCGCUAAUGAAAUAAACUAGCAAAACUUCAAUGGUACAGUUCUAAAAUAGGAACCUAGGGCUGCUAUAACAAGUAUUGUGAUUGUUAUCGUGGGUGAAAUAUAUUCACUUGUUACUGAUUUACCUGUGUAA